CCCCCUCCCCUUGCAGGAGCGCGAGCCGAGGCCGGAAUGGAGCCCGGCGAAAGGAUGAGGCUCUCGUCCGCCUCACUGGAAGGAGACCCGAGAGAAGAAAAUAAAUUAAAACAAGGAAUUUCCCAAGACUUGAUUUCUUCUCCUAAAUUAGACAGAUACAAAAUAGCAAGACAAUUAACGGAAAAGGCUAUCAAGGAAAAGAAGAUUUUCUCCAUCUACGGACACUACCCGGUGAUACGGGCCGCCCUCCGCAGAAAGGGUUGGGUGGAGAAGAAGUUCCACUUUCUGCCCAAGCUCCUCCCGAGCGGGGACGAUGACAGUGCGGGGGUGACCGAACAUAAACCUGCUGACGGCAAAGAAAAACAAGAAGCGGCUCUGGAGGAGACAGACGACAUCCACGAUGUGAUGUCCAGGUUGGUAAAAAACGAAAUGCCGUACUUCCUCUGGACCAUCAAAAGGGACGUCAUUGACUAUCACAACCUGAACUGUGACCAGGUGCUGAAUCACUAUGGAAAAACAGCUUCCUUCACCACCAAGAUCGGGCUGUGUGUGAACAUGCGGAACCUGCCGUGGUACGUCCAGGCCAACCCUGACUCCUUCUUCCCACGCUGCUACGGCCUCGGCACCAAGAGUGAGAAGCAAGAAUUCCUGGAUGACUUCCGGCGGACAGCGGCCUCCAGCAUCCUCAAGUGGGUGGUCAGCCACCAGAAGUCCUGCAGCAGGAGCGGCCCCGGCGACAGCGGCCCCGGCGACAAGACAGCUGCCGAGGACGCGGAGCCCGGGCCCGUGGGCCUCGCGGCGGAGCUCGUGGACACCGCGUGCAGGGUGUGCCGGGCCUACCUGGGCCAGCUGGAGCACCGGGACAUCGACGGCCCGGAGGACGCCGCCCCGGCGCUCACGGAGGCCGAGUGGGAGGACCUGACGCGCCGCUACUACUCCCUCGUUCGCGGUGACGCUUUCAUCUCCAAUUCAAGAAAUCACUUUUCGCAGUGCCAGGCGCUGCUGAGCAAAAUCACAUCUGUGAACCCUCAGACGGAGAUCGAUGGGCUUCGGAACAUCUGGAUCAUCAAGCCAGCAGCCAAGUCCCGCGGCAGAGACAUCGUGUGCAUGAACCGAGUGGAGGACAUCCUGGAGCGGGCGGCCGCAGAUGACCUCCCUGCCGGGGACAGCAAGUGGGUGGUGCAGAAAUACAUCGAGACCCCACUGCUCAUCUAUGACACCAAGUUUGACAUCAGGCAGUGGUUCCUGGUCACCGACUGGAACCCCCUGACUGUCUGGUUCUACAAGGAGAGCUACCUACGGUUUUCAACACAGCGCUUCUCCCUGGACAGGCUGGACAGCGCAGUCCACCUGUGCAACCACUCCAUCCAGCGGCGCCUGCAGAUCCAGCAGGACCGCAGCCCGCUGCUGCCCCACCACAACAUGUGGACGAGCACCCGCUUCCGCGAGUACCUGCAGAAGAGGGGCCUCGGGGCCGUGUGGGCGGGAGUCAUCUACCCGGCCAUGAAGCGGGCCGUCGCCAACGCCGUGAGGGCGGCGCAGGACCACGUGGAGCCGCGCAAGAACAGCUUCGAGCUGUACGGAGCCGACUUCAUCCUGGGCCGCGACUUCCAGCCCUGGCUGAUCGAGAUCAACUCCAGCCCCACCAUGCACGCGUCCACGCCCGUCACGGCGCGGCUGUGCGCCCAGGUGCAGGAGGACACCAUCAAGGUGGUGGUGGACCGCAGGGUCGACCGCAACUGCGACAUCGGCAACUUCGAGCUGCUGUGGAGACAGCCAGCCGUGGAGCUGCCGCCCUUCCAGGGGUCCGACCUGUGCGUGGAGGGUAACAGCGCGGGCCCUGCCCUGGGUGGCCGCGCCGUCGGGGUCGCGGGGGUCCCGCCGCAGCCGUUCCGGGGGCCCCUCACAGGGGACGGCCUUCGCGUCCCUCCGCGUGUGGUGCGCCUCGGGGACUCGGGCCAGGAUUCACCGGGACAGGGGCCCGGGGCCACUGGGCUCCUGCGUUCAGUGUUCCGAGGCUCCUGA